AUGGCAGAAGAAGCAACAAAGGGCAAGGGACAACGUGUCCAAACCUUCGGAAGGAAGAAGCGCGCUGUGGCAGUUGCGCUCUGCACUAGGGGAACCGGUAUGAUCAGGGUCAACGGUCGUCCUCUUGACCACAUCCGCCCCGAGGCCUUGAGAACCAAGGUGCUAGAGCCACUUUACGUCAUGGGCACCAAACGUAUCUCUGCUGUUGACAUUAGGAUCCGUGUACGCGGUGGUGGUUUUACUGCCCAAAUGUACGCUAUCAGACAAGCCAUAGCCAAGGCUGUAGUCGCAUUCCACCAGAAGUACGUCGAUGAGGCUUCCAAGAAGAAAAUUGUCGAUGAGCUUGUAAGCUACGACAGGUCACUUCUUAUCGCCGACCCACGCCGAUGCGAACCCAAGAAGUUCGGAGGUCCAGGCGCCCGCGCUCGCUACCAGAAAUCGUACCGUUGA